AUGAGAGCUGGUCUUGUUGACUACGCUAGAGUAUCUAGACCACUUCAAGAGCGUCUUGACGAGACAUUAUCAGGGACUAAGAAAACAAAUCAACUAGCAGCUGGAGUGCAGAUUGACCUGAAUCCAGACGAACAAGCAGCGUUUGAAGCUGUCAAAGAUUUGCUUGGUAAUUCCGCAAUGCUCAUGUACCCGGAUCCACCCAAACAGCUCGUCCUGCUCUCCGACCGAGGCUGGGGUCUGGUAGUCUCGCAAGUGACCGACUGGAGGCCCGAUGUACCUAUGCACGAACAAAAGCACGAGUUCUUGGUGUGUAUGGGUGGAAGAUUCACGGUGUAA